CCUUCCCUUCUUCCUAGACUCUCGCUCCCUCUUCGAAACUUCAAAAAUCAACUCUUCUCUUUCCUGAACCUGCAAUUUCCUCCGCUGUCCUCCCUCUCUGUCCAGCGUGAUUCUUCCAUUUAUCCCUCUGAGACACUUCUUAACAUUCGUCUGAACCACACCACGCUGUUCCUCAGCCUUCACAUGCGGAUACCGACUGAUCUUCCACUGGCCCAGAUACCGGAAGCUGCCUUGUGGCAGGAACACGAACACGAACACAACAGCUCGCCAGCUGGUAUUGCACUCUUCCACCUAUGCUGAAUUCUUCCGCAGCAUCUUGACUGGCUUUGGCUCUGGCUCUACGAGCUGAACUGCAUUGUUUGAAGGAAGCUGGCCUCGGCAGAGUGUCCCUCAAACAGCUGCACGCUGCAAAACACUCCUCCACCAUACGAUACAAUAGAAUCCCAUCUCACGCACCCUUGAUUCUUUUGAACUCUGGCAGUAAAGCCCACACUUCUGGCUGGAUUGCCACUUCCUGCUGUUCUUGAUCAUCUGCAAGAUACCAAGGCUCAGAACUACCCCGCUCACACAGUCAGUCCCAGUCAACUGACUUACGUCAAGCCCUCACUUGCUAUGAACCCGCACGAACCUACUAUCAGGAUACAUCCGCGCACGUUCUGAGCGUCGUAUUGUGAACGGUGCAUCUUUUGGGUUGGUUGGCCUCCAAAGGUGAUGGAAACUCCUUUCCACAGAUCCCAAGCGACUCCACGUUCCUGAAUGUAACUCCGUACUUCUAACAGUUUGAAAGCUCGUUCAAGAUAUAGCCAGCAACUUAUUGCAACUGAAGGCUCUGUUGAUUUAGUGUACGAGCAUGCAACGAGAAAGAUAACAGGAAAGAUGCUUUCAUCAACAAUGCCCUCUACCUUGAUGGCAACGACUCUACAGCAACCCUUACUUCCCUCCUCAACUCUGAUUCUGUCCACGAGACGCUUGCCACGAAGACCUCAGUCACACCAACAAGCCCGAAAUUUCCGCCUAAGUUUGUGGUCGUCAUACCUUGACCCUACCUUCCAGAAGGAAACUCGACGCCGAUAUCGACGCGUGGAGAAACACAGACAUAUUGAGGCUUUAAAUCGGAAGCUGUCGUGGGACCGCCACUUUCCUAUCGGUCAGCAUGCGGGACUGAAGGGGUUCAUGUGUAGCGCAUGGCGCGGUCACGACUCUAGACCAGGUGGACGAUGGGUAAAUGUUGAGGAUCUCAAGACUAUCAGCGAGAAAACGCAGUUCAAUAAUGAGGGUUCUCAUGAUAAAUUUGACAGGAGUCGCUUCGAGAGCUUUGUGAAUAACCGGGAGUCAUUAUAUGACUUUAUUCGUGCCAGGUCACGUAUAUUUUGCCCCGGUUGGACAAGCAUGAAGCCCGAACCGAGCAAUGCCACCUCGUCAACAGAUCCUUCGCCUCAUGGAUUUACGAAAUCCACAACAUAUGGGCAGGAGGGGUUCAGGAGACGGUUUCAGAAGCAGGAGGAGAUUUCUGCUGAGCCAGCAUACGAAAUCGACCCUAUCACUAAUCGACGAGCUCCAAAGGAGACUCAAUCGAAGAAAGCCAGCACUGACGAGAUUCCCGUGAAGACGUUUGAGGGGUAUCGGUCUCAAUUUGAGGAUUUCGAGCCUCCGAGUUCAACGGCAGAACCCACAUCCCCUGAAAUCAUUCAUUCGUUGAGUACUCGUUUGAAAGGGUAUCGGAAGAUUGGAGUUGAGACAAACGAUGAAAGAGAUCCAGUCCAGGAAGGUCUCAAGUCCUAUGAUGAAAAGGUGGAUUAUGAGUCUGGUCGGUUUUACGACUGUGCAGGCAUCGAUAUAGAUUACUCUGAUCCAGUGCAGAAUGGGUUGAAGCGCUACGACAACAAGAUUUCAGACGGAAAAGCGUGCCCCGAGAAUGCGGCGAUGGCCAAUGGCGGAGACGCAGCUCAUGAUGGGUAUGUAGGUUACGAUGCCAAUACUUUCUAUAGACAAGGUCGGCCAAGAGAGGAACACAAAGAGCAGCCCGGACAAAAUGACCCAAUCACUCAAGCCAUGAAGGCCAAUAAUUCUGAAAGUCAGCAACCAAAAAUGGUAAAGAAGACGGAACUGAAGCCAGAACCACUGAAUCCAGUCGAACAAGCGAUCCGAGAGUAUGAGAAAUCCGAAUUGUAUAGACGAGAGCGGAAGAAAAGGCAUGCAGAUUUGCUGUUGAAAGCAAUUCAGGAUUACCAAGUGAAUUAUCAGAACGUUGCCACGAAUCUGACAGGCGCGAAGCUUGAUGCAGAGAAGUUGAACCCCGUGUUGAGAGCCAUACAGGAAUACGAGAGCACUGCUUUGGAUGAACACCAGGAACCGCUUGAUCCAAUUCUAAAGGCAUUCCGAGAAUAUAAAAUCGCGGCUCAGCGUACUCAGGACGACAGCAGCCGUGAAGAUGGGAUACCAGCCCCAGAGCAGCUUAAACAACUGCUCCAAUCAAUCGAAGAAAAUAAAUCCGUGGUAUUCCAGGGCGCGGCAGCAGACAGUCAAUCACAGGAGAAGUGCCCGGUCCAAGAAGGCUUGAAAGGGUACGAUGCCAAAGUCAAUCAUUAUCAAAAGCCAUCCGAGAUCAGGCAGGCAACUGUGAAGUCCUUGGCAUUCGCUCCCAAACCUCCAGCUGGAACAGAAAUGAGAAUCUUCGCAGAAGAUACGACUGAAGACCUGGAUCUCCUUCGAACAAGCGAUGUACGUGCCGCUUCAGGAAUUAUUAAGAGCCCUGCAAAGGAGACCGAGUCAGAAAAGCUCGCAAAGAGAAAGGAACUUGAGAAUAAUUUUGAUAGCUUCCAAAACGUGACAAGCUCUGCUGACGAAGCUGCGGCUGCCGAAAAGGUACACGCUUCGCGGAAACUGGCCGAAGAACUCCGGAUCGAGCACAGCGAGCUAUUGAACCACGCAGCCCAUGCUCGCGGACGAAUCGAUGAUAAGAUCGCAGAAGUUGAAGGAGGUUGGAGGCCUGACACUCCCACAAAGAAGCUGUCGGGUAACUUUGCUCGAGACUUUCCUGAAGAAUUUGAGGCGAAAUGGACUGCCACGGAUGUCACUUCAGCAGGGCUUACUUCUCAAUCCAAGACAGAGAGCGAGACUGAUCCAUUAGUUGGUCUUGCGCCGGAAUCAUUUUCUCGAGAUCCCACAACUCCUCGAAUGGAGACUUCCCUUGAUCGAUCGACUUCACGAAUGAGGGACAGAUCCGUGGAGACACAAAAUAGCGCAUCUUCGAUACCUAUCGGACUGGCUUUGGAAAAGCACGGCGAGAGCGCACGAAGUCGAAGGGACAAGAAAGAGAUCCGAGAUCGGAAGAACCUUGUGCGUGAGAUCCGGGGCAUAUAUGAAGAAGCAUACGGUACCAUUGAUACCAAGCAUCGCCAAGUCCAAUUACCAAAGACCACAGUUGCGAAACAGCAGAGCACAAGUCAAUCAAGUGGCCAAACUCUUCAAUCCCCUGCGACGGCACCACCGCCAACAAUGUACAAGAUACUAGCAUAUGAUCCUACGAUGCAGUCUGUCAGCACGGCAGAGACUACGUCGAUUGUCCCAGACUCGUCUGAUUCGUUGACGCCAGCAGAUGUCCUUCUCAGACUAUCGAAUCCAUCGAAAUUCUUUCCUCACUUUCAGUCUCUUCAAUCCCAAGGAUAUGAAAUAGUGGCGGGCAGUGGUGACGUUCUGGUUUUCCGGAAAGUUCGAUCGGGCGCCCCAGUCUUGCCCAAGGUGGAGACUCCCGCCGAGGCACACGCUAAGGCCGUCACUCAGGAGCGCAAGAGAGUUACGAAUCCUAUUGAUGGCAUGCAAAGUACACCUAUUACAGGUGACUUUGCUAGUCCAACCGGUUUCGUCAACUACGAUCUUCCUCGUGGCACCGAGGCUCCCUUCAAGUCCAAUAUUGAUGUUCGUCGCGAAGAGCCAGUCUUCAGUGGCCGACGGAAUUGGGAAGAUGAAUCUGAGGAGGAGAAACCCAGAACCAAGGGUAUAGGAAAGAGGCUUUUGGUGGGCGCGGCGUGGGUAGCGGCUUGUUCGUAUGCUGUGGGUGUGGUAUCCGAGUUUUUCAGGACAGGAGGGAUGGAUGGGAUGGGACCGCAGGGCUUUUGAAUGACAACGUGAUGAGAGCAUGGUAGCGGGCAAUCUUUGCCAAACGAGCAGUAUGUUCACAGGUUAUUGAUCACUAUGCAUCUUCACUUUCUAUGGCAAGAGUGUUGGUUUUGGAUGUUGGAGGAGAGCAUUGUGUUGGUUCUUGUCCGUGGAGUGUUGUUUCUUCCUGGUUUUCUGCUACCUUUCUCCUCUCUCAUGCACAUCCACAAACCUACGCGCUACCAAGCAAUUAUUAGAUACCAUUAUCCACUCCAAAUUAAGACUUCUCUUCUCGCAUUUUCUCCAAUUUCGAUUUUAGGCUCCAUUUAUGGGCUCGAGGCGUCGACUUUCCGUUCCAUUUCAUCUCAAAUCGGUCCGACCAUCCCUAAGAAGAUAAAUUUACCUUAUCCCACUUUCACUUGUUGAUUUUCGUGCAUCAUGUAAACAAUGCC